AAGGGCUGGAGGCAAACACCGAGCUCCCUCAGAGCCGCCCGGGAGCAGGGAGGGCUCCGCUAGCCCGGGGGGCCCUCCCCGCGGGGCAGAUGAGAGGUCUAGAAUUGGAAGAGUCCUAUGCUGGAGUCAUCAGAAUAAGUGAUAGUUCAUGGAAGUACAUGAAAUCCCCAAGAGAGAAGGUGUAGAGAAAGAGAAGAAGAGGCCUCCUAUGGAACCCUACAAAAAUGCCAACAUUUAAAAGAGUUCAAUAUCCAGACUCUCUGAGCCACGUUUUGGGGUCACCCAAGCAUUCCAUCCUCCUGACUCUUCCUAAACUACUGGAUGCAUAACUCACGCCGUACUUGACAACAUGGGGAUCGAAAUAAGAAACAUUUUAGUGGAUAAACCAAAUGACCAGUCUUCAAGAUGGUCUUCAGAGAGCAACUAUCCUCCCCAGUACUUGAUUCUGAAGCUCGAAAGGCCUGCUAUAGUUCAGAAUAUCACAUUUGGAAAAUAUGAGAAAACUCAUGUCUGCAAUUUGAAGAAAUUUAAAGUCUUUGGUGGAAUGAAUGAAGAAAAUAUGACAGAGCUAUUGUCUAGUGGCUUAAAGAAUGACUAUAACAAAGAAACGUUCACCUUGAAGCACAAAAUUGAUGAACAGAUGUUCCCUUGUCGAUUCAUUAAAAUAGUUCCACUCUUGUCCUGGGGGCCCAGCUUUAACUUUAGCAUCUGGUAUGUUGAACUUAGUGGCAUUGAUGAUCCUGAUGUAGUACAACCCUGUCUCAACUGGUAUAGCAAGUACCGUGAACAGGAAGCCAUUCGCCUUUGCCUAAAACACUUCAGACAACAUAACUAUACAGAGGCUUUUGAAUCACUGCAAAAGAAAACCAAGAUUGCAUUGGAACAUCCCAUGUUAACAGAUCUUCAUGACAAACUGGUGUUGAAGGGUGAUUUUGAUGCUUGCGAAGAGUUGAUUGAAAAAGCUGUAAAUGAUGGCUUGUUCAAUCAGUAUAUCAGUCAACAGGAAUAUAAACCACGAUGGAGUCAAAUCAUUCCCAAAAGCACCAAAGGUGAUGGAGAAGAUAACCGGCCAGGAAUGAGAGGAGGCCAUCAGAUGGUUAUUGAUGUUCAAACAGAGACUGUUUAUUUGUUUGGUGGCUGGGAUGGAACACAAGAUCUUGCUGACUUCUGGGCAUACAGUGUGAAGGACAACCAGUGGACAUGUAUCUCUAGAGACACUGAGAAAGAGAAUGGUCCUAGUGCCAGAUCAUGUCAUAAAAUGUGCAUUGACAUUCAGCGGAGGCAAAUCUACACAUUGGGGCGUUAUUUGGAUUCCUCUGUGAGGAACAGCAAAUCUCUGAAAAGUGAUUUCUAUCGUUAUGACAUUGACACAAACACAUGGAUGUUACUAAGUGAGGAUACUGCUGCUGAUGGAGGGCCGAAAUUGGUGUUUGAUCAUCAGAUGUGUAUGGACUCAGAAAAACAUAUGAUCUACACAUUUGGUGGUAGAAUUUUGACAUGUAAUGGCAGUGUAGAUGACAGCAGAGCCAGUGAACCACAAUUCAGUGGGUUGUUUGCUUUCAACUGUCAAUGUCAAACCUGGAAACUUCUUCGAGAGGACUCCUGUAAUGCUGGGCCUGAAGACAUCCAGUCUCGGAUAGGACACUGCAUGCUAUUCCACUCAAAAAAUCGUUGCUUAUAUGUAUUUGGUGGCCAGCGAUCAAAGACCUAUUUGAAUGAUUUCUUUAGUUAUGAUGUGGACUCUGAUCAUGUAGACAUAAUAUCAGAUGGCACCAAGAAAGACUCUGGGAUGGUUCCAAUGACAGGAUUUACACAGAGAGCAACUAUUGAUCCAGAACUGAAUGAAAUACAUGUUUUAUCUGGACUCAGCAAGGACAAGGAAAAGAGGGAAGAGAAUGUCAGAAAUUCAUUCUGGAUUUAUGACAUUGUGAGGAAUAGUUGGUCUUGUGUCUAUAAGAAUGAUCAAGCUGCAAAGGAUAAUCCAAGUAAAAGUCUUCAGGAGGAAGAACCAUGUCCAAGAUUUGCCCAUCAACUUGUAUAUGAUGAGCUACACAAGGUUCAUUAUUUAUUUGGUGGAAAUCCAGGAAAAUCUUGCUCUCCAAAGAUGAGAUUAGAUGACUUCUGGUCACUGAAGUUGUGUAGACCUUCAAAAGAUUAUUUACUGAGGCAUUGCAAGUACCUCAUAAGAAAACACAGGUUUGAAGAAAAGGCCCAAAUGGAUCCCCUUAGUGCUCUGAAAUAUUUACAAAAUGAUCUUUAUAUAACUGUGGAUCAUUCAGACCCAGAAGAAACAAAAGAGUUUCAGCUCCUAGCAUCAGCUUUAUUCAAAUCUGGUUCAGAUUUUACAGCUCUAGCACAGUGGAUGUUUCUUUGUAUCUCCUCUUCACCAGGCUUUUCGGAUGUGGAUCACACCUAUGCUCAAAGAACUCAGCUCUUUGACACCUUAGUAAAUUUCUUUCCUGACAGCAUGACUCCUCCUAAAGGCAACCUGGUGGACCUCAUCACACUGUAACUGAAGAGUCACUGGACAUAGAAAUGGAAAACAGGAGUCGUCUUUCAGUCUUUUGGAUUGCAACUCUGUUGACCGACAGUUGAGCUGCAGUGAUUGAGGACUGCACCAGAGUUCCGAAGGGAUCUUUACCAUCACAGAUUUCAACCCUCUUCCAUCAUACCUGACCUCAACCCCAUUCUCCCCAUCCUAUUCCUAAAUUAGGCUAAUAAAGUGAAAUUGGUAUACUUUCCAUUUAAA